AUGACAAUACAGACUUCUUUCACAGAUGAAGGAGCCAGGCGAAGAUCUGAAAUUAAUGAAUUCAUAGAUUUUGAAAAGAAACCAGUGGACAUCAAAAAAACUUCAUCAGUGGUCGCCACUACCAAACAUGCACACGAUGAAUACGAAGAUAAUUUUCCAGGUAAUGGGUUCUAUCAGCCACCCAGAAAUAUUUUUCAAAGAUGUAUUGAUUCUUUCAAACCACCAUUAGAUGGCUCUUUUGAUACCAACAAUUUGAAGAGAUCUCUUAAGGCCCGUCACUUGAUCAUGAUUGCCAUUGGAGGAUCCAUUGGUACGGGUCUAUUUGUUGGGUCCGGUCAAGCAAUCGCCACUGGUGGUCCCCUUGCUGUUGUCAUUGGAUGGGCAAUUGCAGGAUCUCAAAUCAUCGGUACUAUACAUGGUUUGGGUGAGAUUACAGUCAGAUUCCCAGUGGUCGGUGCGUUUGCAAAUUAUAGUACUAGAUUCCUGGAUCCUAGUUUAUCAUUUGUCAUCUCUACCAUCUAUGUUAUACAAUGGUUUUUUGUUCUUCCGUUAGAAAUUAUAUCAAGUGCCAUGACUGUUCAGUAUUGGAAUCAGUCCAUUGAUCCCGUCGUUUGGGUCGCCAUUUUUUAUUGUGCCAUAGUCAGUAUCAAUUUAUUUGGAGCAAGAGGAUUUGGUGAAGCUGAAUUCGUUUUUUCUAGUGUGAAAGUACUUACAAUAUGUGGGUUCAUUAUCCUAUGUAUUGUCUUAAUUUGUGGUGGUGGUCCAGACCAUGAUUUUGUGGGUGCUAAAUACUGGCAUGAUCCAGGUUGUCUUGCUCAUGGGUUCCCUGGUGUUCUAUCUGUGCUAGUCGUUGCUUCCUAUUCCCUAGGUGGUACCGAAAUGGUUUGUCUAGCAAGUGGGGAAACUGACCCAAAGGAAUUACCAAGUGCUAUUAAGCAAACUUUCUGGAGAAUCUUGUUCUUCUUCCUGGUCUCAUUGACUUUAAUUGGCUUCCUAGUACCAUACACUAAUGAAAACUUACUGGGUGGCUCAUCUGUUAAUAAUUCACCUUUUGUCAUCGCUAUUAAACUACACCAAAUUAAAGUAUUACCAUCCAUUGUGAACGCCGUUAUCUUAAUUAGUAUUCUGAGCGUUGGGAAUUCAUGCAUUUUUGCCUCCAGUAGAACACUUUGUUCCAUGGCACAUCAGGGUUUGAUUCCAAGGUUUUUCGGUUACAUUGAUCGUGCUGGGAGACCAUUAACUGGUAUUAUUACAAAUUCAUUAUUCGGUCUAUUGGCUUUCUUAGUUAAAUCAAGUUCCAUGAGUGAAGUGUUCGAUUGGUUGAUGGCUAUUGCUGGUUUAGCAACAUGUAUCGUUUGGUUAAGUAUUAACAUAUCACAUAUCAGAUUUAGGUUGGCAAUGAAAGCUCAGGGGAGGUCUCUAGAUGAGCUGGAGUUUGUUAGUGCUGUUGGUAUUUGGGGGUCAGCAUAUUCCGCCGUUAUCAAUUCAUUAAUCCUAGUUGCUCAAUUUUACUGUGCAUUGUGGCCAAUUGGGGGUUGGGAAAAUAGUAGUAUUAGAGCCAAAAAGUUCUUUCAGAGCUACUUAUGUGCUUUAAUUAUGAUAGUUUUGUUCGUCGGUCAUAAAAUAUUUUACAGAUACAAAACUGGAAAAUGGUGGAGCAUGCUUCCAUUGAACAAGAUUGAUUUAGAAACUGAUCGUAAGAAUAUAGAUAUUGAAAUAUUAAAACAAGAAAUUGCCGAGAGAAACCGUCAUUUGCGUGCAAGCCCAUGGUAUGUAAGAUGGUAUCAUUUCUGGUGUUAA